ACCCGCUUCUUCUAUUAGAGUUUCGAGAUUUCCAACAGAGGAUCACCUUAUGAUUCACAGGCAUAAGCAUGAGAUGACUUUGAAGUUUCCAGCAAUAAAAACAGAUAAUAUUUUAUCAGACCAGACUCCCACUCCUACUCGAUUUCUGAAGAACUGUGAAGAAGUUGGACUCUUUAAUGAGCUGGCAUGUUCCUUAGAGCAGGAGUUUCGGAAAGCACAGGAGGAGGAAGAUAAUAAAAGGGCAUCAGUGGGUUUGAACAUUUCCAAUCUCAGUGAGAUACAGGGCAAAGAGACAUCAAUUACUGACAGUUCAACACAAGCAUCAACUUUAUCCCGGACAGUGUCUGCAACCCGAUCUGAAAAGACCUUAUCAGCGCAUGGGUCAGUGCAAGGGCCUAUGUCAGGAUCAGCAUCUCAUCUGCUUGCCACCACUAGGAUGCCAAACCAUGAUAGUGGAGUAGUAAUCCAGCAAGCCAUGCCUUCGCCAACGUCCAGCUCAGUCAUCACACAAGCACCUUCUACCAACAGGCAAAUAGGGCCUGUCCCAGGGUCUCUGUCUUCAUUACUGCAUCUCCACAACAGACAAAGGCAGCCCAUGCCAGGCUCCAUGCCUGGCAACCUCCCCAAUUCCACAAUGCCAGUAUCUUCUGCGGUAUUGAUGCCUAUGGACAGACAAUUAUCCAUGAGCUCUAAUAUCAUGGGAAUGCCAGGCCCUUCUCUAAAUAAUCAGUGCACUCCUCCUCAAGUCCAACAAAUGCAUUCAGAAGCCAAAAUGAGGCUUAAAGCAGCUCUGAGUCAGCACCCUACGGCUUUGUCAAAUGGAAAUAUGAACAUGAUGGGUCAAGUAAUGGAGAUGAUGACAUCCAGGCAGGAACAGGCACCUCAGCCACACCAUCACAUGCACUCACAUCAGCAUCAGCCGCCUCCUCAUCAUCCUUUCACACAUCAGCAGCCACCACAUCCACAUCAGCAUCAUCCUCACCAUCACCAGCAAAACCACCCCCAUUCUCAUCCACACCUACACACACACCCACCACAACACCAGACCCCACCGCUCCAACCUCUAACCACCGGAACACAAAGUCAGGUCUCACCUGGAGCACAGCAGAUGCAGUCUCCACAGUCAGGGCACCCAACUCCAACUAGUGGAGGCCGCAGGAGAAGGGUUGUAGAUGAAGAUCCUGAUGAAAGGCGGAGGAAGUUUCUGGAAAGAAAUCGCGCAGCAGCAACACGCUGCAGACAGAAGAGAAAAGUGUGGGUGUUGUCACUGGAAAAAAAAGCAGAGGAACUCACACAAACCAAUAUGCAACUUCAGAAUGAGGUCUCCCUCUUGAAGAAUGAGGUGACACAGCUGAAGCAAUUGUUGUUGACGCAUAAAGAUUGUCCAAUCACAACAAUGCAAGAGGAGACACAAAACUACCUGAGUCCUGAGAACAGCCAGCCAGGAAGUCCCAUUCCUGCUUGCUCGCAACAGCAAGUCAUCCAGCACAAUUCAAUUAGCACUUCGACUGCUGUCAAUGAGGUUGUAGGGAGUUCCACUCUCACCCAGCUCACCAAGCAGAGAACAGACCUGAACCCUCUGCUCUAAAUACUGUAUUCCAUCAAGAAUGUGCUGGCAGAGAAAAUAACAUCUUUCACUCCGUUCAGGACUUUUGGAACAUCAACAUAACCUUGGAAAUAGAUAUAAUUUUGGAAAAAAAAGAAGACAAAUUGCUUUUCAUUUUAAUAGUUAUCAAAAUGCUCAUUU